AUGGCUACCGCUCAUGAGACUACUGCCGCCGAGGCACUCCAGCAUGGUCAAGAGGUCGCUGAUCACAAGCCUCACCUGUACGGCGCCACAGUCAACGACGACAAUGUCGCCGGCGCGCACGUCACCCUCGAGAAGGAACAUGGUGCUGCUGCUUCCAGUUCCGACUCUGUCUCCGUCGUCGUAGAAGAGGAUGGUAUUGGCGGUAUCAGGCCUACAGCCGAGGAGAUGGCUACCCUCCGCAAGGUCGGUGAGCCUCUCCCUAAGAGUGCUUUCCUUGUCGCCAUCGUCGAACUCUGCGAGCGUUUCACCUACUACGGCGCCUCUGGUAUCUUCCAAAACUACAUUGCGCGUCCCCGCAGCGGUGAAAAUGGUCGUGGUGCGCUCGGUAUGGGCCACCAGGGAGCCACUGGUCUCUCCACCUUCUUCCAGUUCUGGUGCUACGUAACUCCCAUUCUCGGUGCCGUCAUUGCCGAUCAAUACCUCGGAAAGUACAACACCAUCGUCAUCUUCUGCUGCGUCUACAUCGUCGGUCUGCUCGUCCUCACUCUUACCUCCAUUCCGACUGCUCUCGAUCAUGGCGCUGGUCUCGGUGGUUUCGUCGUUGCUGUCAUCAUUAUCGGUCUCGGAACUGGUGGUAUCAAGUCUAACGUUGCGCCUUUGAUUGCCGAUCAGUACAAGAGGAGACAGAUGGUUAUUGGCAAGGAUGACAAGACUGGCGAGCGCGUCAUCAUCGACCCUGCGAUUACCAUUCAGAGGAUUUACAUGAUCUUUUACUGGUGCAUCAAUGCUGGAUCUCUGUCCCUGCUGGCUACCCCCUACAUGGAGCGUGAUAUCGACUUCUGGUCAGCCUACCUCCUGUGUCUCUGCGUCUUCUUCGUCGGUCUCCUGGUUCUCGUUCUCGGCCGCAAAGUCUACGUUGUCCGACCGCCUCAAGGAUCGAUCAUCACUGACGCCUUCCGCGCCAUGUGGAUGAUGAUCAAGUCCCGCAAACUCGAUGCUGCUAAGCCUUCUUACCAAGCCGCUCUUGGCAAGAAUGCUGUUCUCCCAUGGGACGACCACUUCGUCGAGGAGCUAAAGCGUGCUCUUAUUGCUUGCCAGGUCUUCUGCUUCUACCCCAUCUACUGGGUCGUAUACGGUAACUUCUCCAACAACUUCGUCACUCAGGCUGGUCAGAUGCGUGGCCAUGGAAUCCCCAACGAUUUGAUGCAGAACUUCGACCCUAUUGCCAUUAUCGUCUUUCUGCCAGUUGUGGACCAGUGGCUGAUGCCCAUGCUCCGCAAGCACAAGAUUCCGUUCCCUCCGAUCAACCGUAUUGUAGCUGGUUUCUGGCUCGGCUCCCUGGCCAUGGUCUACGCCUGUGUCAUCCAAUACUACAUCUACAAAGCCGGACCUUGCUACGGUAAGCCUCUCUGCGACGCCGACAUGAUCAAUGGUGUGCACCAGGGCAACAACAUCCACAUUGCCGCGCAAACCGGUGCCUACAUGCUCAUCGGUAUCUCUGAGAUCUUCGCCUCCGUCACUGGUCUUGAGUACGCGUACACCAAAGCACCUCCUAGCAUGAAGUCCUUUGUCCAGUCCAUGUACCUACUCACCAACGCUUUCGGAUCCGCCAUCUCCGAGGCUUUCAACCCCGUUCUCUACGACCCGGCGAUUGAGUACCUGUUUGCUGGUCUCGCGGGUGCGUCGUUCAUUGCCGGAUGCCUUAUCUGGGUCUUGUUCCACCACCUCAACGCCGAGGAGGACCAGAUGAACAUGUUGGAUGAGGACUACGACAAGGACCCGACACUCAGGAGGUCUAGUGUGCAAGGCAACCGUACCGUCGGUGUGCACCAUGAGAUUGAUGAGAAGGCAUAG